AUGCCUUCUCAAAAAUCUUUCAAGACCAAGCAAAAAUUGGCCAAGGCUCAAAGAACCAACCGUCCAUUGCCACAAUGGAUCAGAUUGAGAACCAACAACACUGUUCGUUACAACGCUAAGAGAAGACACUGGAGACGUACUAAAUUGAACAUCUAAGCGGAAUGCUACCUUAGAGUUCAAUUUAUUAAUCACAUCUUUAAAGUAACCUUCUUCUCACUUUGUUUAUUUGGAUGCUGAAGCUCUUCUGAACUCUUGAAACACAGUUUAAUGAUCCUCUAAAAGAGGGAUAGGAUUGGUAUUAAAAGGGGAUAUCUUGUUGAAUUUUUGGCUAAAGAAUAUACAAAGCAUGUACAAUGUUAUACGGAAACCGAAGUGUAGAAACUAGAUCUUAUUACCGCAGUGUCUGUAGAUAUAAACCCACGUUCAUGAAUAUACCAGAACUUGAGUUAUUAAUAU